AUGCAUCUUCCGACUGCCCUUGCCGCCUUCAUUGUCACCACUGCCCUUGCAGCCCCAACAUCUAUCAACGCCACCUCAAAUUCCACUCUCGCCGUUGCGAACGACAACUUGGGGAUUCUUGGGUGCUUCCCGUGCUUUGUCUACUACCUCAAGUGCCGCCAGACAUAA